CACAUUCUGAUCAGGAAGCUCUAAAAAGCAGGAGGAAGAACAACAAAGGGAGCAUCUGAGAGCAAAACAGAGAAGCUUUCAAAACAGAGAAGAGGAAAUCCUCCUAAUUACAGUAUUGAACUGAAGCCUGUCCUCCCCGGCAGAAGAUGGGCACAGCAGAAGCCACUUUACGCAUGGACAGCAUGGAGGUUAAGGACGAGUGGCAGGAUGAGGACUUUCCCAGGCCACUACCAGAAGAUGGAGAUGUUGAUCACUCAUGUGGCCUCACUGACAACAGAAACAAUCCCCCUACCACUCUGAUUGUGGGAGAGUCAGUGGCCCAGCGUAAACGUCGCACCUUGGUGGCCCCUGAAAUGAACCUCUCUCUGGAUCAGAGCGAAGGGUCGGUGCUUUCUGACGACUUUCUGGAAACGCCUGAUGACCUGGACAUCAACGUGGAUGACAUCGAGACCCCUGAUGAGACCGACUCGCUGGAGUUCAUUAACAAUGGCAACGAGCUGGAGUGGGAAGAUGACACUCCGGUGGCCACCGCAAAACGUCUUCCAGGCGAAAGUGAAGAGGAGAGAGACUCAUCGGGUCGCCUGUGGCGAACAGUCAUCGUUGGUGACCAGGAGCAGCGGAUUGACAUGCAGGUCAUCAGGCCGUACCUGAGGGUGGUCACACAUGGAGGUUAUUAUGGCGAGGGUUUGAAUGCCAUCAUCGUGUUUGCAGCCUGCUAUCUUCCUGACAGCAGCUGUGAGGACUACACAUACAUCAUGGAGAACCUCUUCCUGUACGUUGUGAGCAGCCUGGAGCUUCUGGUGGCAGAAGAUUACAUGAUUGUUUACCUGAACGGAGCAACUCCUCGCAGGAAGAUGCCCGGCAUCGGCUGGCUGAAGAGAUGCUACCAGAUGAUUGACAGGAAACUGAGGAAGAAUCUAAAGUGUCUCAUCAUCGCUCACCCAACAUGGUUCAUCCGGACCGUCCUGGCCAUCUCAAGACCUUUCAUCAGUGUGAAGUUCAUGGAUAAGAUCCGCUACGUUCAGACCCUGGGGGAACUCAGCCAGAUCAUCCCCAUGGAGCACGUGCAGAUCCCCGAGUGUGUGUUGCAGUAUGAUGACGAGAAGAUAAGAGAUCAAAGGGAAAGACUUGAGCAAGACCAGCGGCAGACCAACUCAACACUGCCUAAAGAAAGGCCAAAGUCAAUGAUAGCGGAGGUUGGCCGUGACAUCUGACAUUCAGAGUUCUAAGUGGAAGAACCAAUGUGGAAUUCAUUACAACGGGAGCCGUCACCACAUUCUUGUUGCACAGGAUAGAAUCUCCUGACUGGAUCCAUUAGCUGCAAGACAAUCAUUCCUGAACCAUUUCUGAACAUUAUUUUCAACAACAUGCCUGCUUAUAACUAAAAGUUAGUUUACACCAAAGCAUUACAAGAUAGAUCUCAAUGAAAAAGCUCUUGCUCCCUGCAUGUCAAGUUGAGUUUUAUCUACAGCAUGACUUCAGCUAUAUAAAUUAAUAUUU